UUCUGCUAAAAGUAAAGCCGUUUGUUAUCGUUUCGACACGUUUGAAUCGAAUGAACAAGAAACGUUUUUAUUAGCGGCCUAAGUCUCAGUAUUCGUUGAUUUUCAUCAACGAGAUGGAUGAAAAAUCCGAGAUUUUGGUUUUAAACGCCGAAGAUGAAGAUACCUUCCAAAAGUUGUAUUCCGAAGGUCUCAAAUAUAGCAAGCAAUGCUCGGAAGAAAGCAUGCCAGUUCCAAAGUUCUAUACCAAACUUCCUAAUCAUGAAAACAUGAUUAGCCUUAAACUGAGAGAAGAAGCUAGAACAGCAUUCCUUCAGAAGAAGAGCAAAGAACUCCUCGAUAACAAUGAACUGCAGAAUCUCUGGACUUUACUUGACAAAAAUCACAGCCCUCCUGCUGGUUCUGAGCAGAUGAUCAAUUAUAUUGAUUUUCUCAAAGUAGGCAACAUAGCUGGUCCAAAAUAUAAAGCAUUCUUUACACCAGAUGUAUUUGCAAGGCUAUUGCAGAAUGAUAUUCAUGGCAGAAUAUCAACCAUGGCAGUGUUCAAUUACAUCAUGAGGAAAGUUUGGUUACAGCAAACUAGAAUUGGUCUUUCAUUAUAUGAUGCCACAGGACAAGGUCUGCUUACUGAAAUGGAUUUAGAGAACUACAUAACUGAACUUAUCCCAACAUUGCCACAGUUAGAAGGGCUUGAAAAGUCAUUCCAUUCGUUUUACGUCUGUACCGCCGUACGCAAGUUCCUCUUUUUCCUAGAUCCAUUAAAGCUAGGCAAAGUCAGGAUACAGGAUAUUCUCGCUUCUGGUUUUCUGGACGAACUUUUAGAGCUACGGGAUGAAGAGCUGCCCAAAGAUGCACAGGAUUCAAACUGGUUUUCUGCGCCCUCCGCUCUGAGAGUCUACGGUCAAUACUUAAAUUUAGAUACCAACAGAAACGGCAUGCUUUGUCAGGAAGAGCUCAGACGAUUCGGAACUGGCACGUUGACGCGAGUUUUCAUUCAACGAGUAUUCGAGGAGUGCAUGACCUAUGAGAAAGAAAUGGAUUAUAAAACGUACUUGGAUUUCGUAUUGGCCAUGGACAAUAAAAAGGAACCACAAGCACUUCAGUAUUUUUUCCGUUUGUUGGACGUCAAUCAUCGAAACCAUCUCAACACUUUUGACCUCCAUUUUUACUUCAAAGGGGUUCAAGAGUUGAUGCAGCAGCACAAACAAGAAGUCGUUGCUUUUGACGACGUCAAUGAUGAGAUUUUCGAUAUGGUGCGUCCUGCCGAUCCGUCAAAAAUCACUUUACAUGAUUUGAUUAACUGUGGAUACGGUGAAACUGUGAUCAAUAUCUUGAUUGAUUUGGAUGGAUUUUGGACAUACGAGAACCGUGAAGCUGUUGUCGUAACAGACAAGAAUAACCAAGAGAAACAGGACAUUUGAAUUUGGAAUUCUUGUACAUAGAAAUUGUGAGUGUAUUUUUUAAAAAAAAGCAAAGAAGUAGCAAGAUCGCGGAAUGGAUUGUAGGUGCGAUCUCAUCACCAUUUCCCUCUUUUGGACCAGUCUUUCGGUGUCCAGUGCAAGCAUUUGGGAUCGAUGUGUAAUUUCCAUUUCUCUUUGUUUUUUAUGCAAUUUUUCAUCGCUUCUUCGUUCAGAAUGAGUACGUACUGCCCCUUGUAGUAAUUGAUGAGGUUCAAAUGCUGUAAGGUGGACACCACGUCCUCUUUUUUAAUGCUCGUCAUUUCGCAAAUUUCGCUAUUUAAAUUAAAACGAAUUCGUUUGUCAACGUGAGCUCUAGAAUGAAGUAAUUUACAUCACUUACUUGAUGGUAAUUUGAGGACGUUCACCUUCACUGGAUGGUUUCAUAUUCAUCAGAAUAUCACAGAUUGUAAAAGCCCAGUAACUGCGAUAAGACAGCAACCCUAAAUCGGACAGAGGUUUUUCUGGCGAGCCCGUUUUGCCUUCGAACUUGGACAGCUCGUAACCUUUACGUAAACAAAAAUGGUUUUAAAAAAAUAUUUCCCCUUGGGUUUACGAUUCUGUACGCACUGAAUUCAAUAAGAAGUUUUCCAUAUCCUUUCCGUUGAUAGGGUGGUAAUGUUAAGAUGCAGGCGACAUUGUAGUCCUCCGAGCUUUCUUUCUCUUUGCUAAAGUAGCCGACGAUAUGAAAACCUCGUGCAUCCACUUCAGUCAUGACGUAAAAGAGGAACGGAUCAGUGUCGUAAUACAGUGUCUUGUGAUCAAGGAACAGUUUCGCUAGCAGGCAUAGGUUCUGAGCGUAUGCUUUAUUUUUACGGCCGUCGAUUUCAAAAAAAGAAAUUGUCUGUUUGCGGUAAACUUCAUUGCCUGGCGGAUGUCUAAGAUUGCACUUCAUCUGUAGAAAAAGUUUAAGGGUUGAUCAUCCAAUUAAAAAUAUAUCGUAAAAUUUUAAAUUACCAGAUGACGUUCUAGACAUUUUUCACUUUUCCGGUACUUGAGACAAAACUCGCAUAUGUAAAUACAAGCUUGGUGAACCAUUUCCUAAUUUUUGAAAAAGAAUAGUAAACAUUUCGGAUCUUUACGUUCGUUAGAUGAUGACAUACCUGAGGGUAGGGUGCGAAAUACCAAGGUUUUAUUCUGUGUCUGCCGAGUUCAAUCAUUUGAAUAUUUUUCAUUCGUGUUACAACGUCAUCGUGAUGUGUAACAAGACUGCCCGACUGACGUGGCCCUGGUGUAGUCGGUGCAGGGGUGGACGGUGGGGCCGGAGAGUUAGCAUCUCCUACCUCACAAACUGAAUCACCUAUGCAGAAAAUUUUAGUUUUAAUAAUCAUUUAUAUAUAAUAAAUAGAUUGUAGAAAAAAUGACUAAUUACUUGUAGGAACAGCACAACUAUCGCUAACUACGGUGGGUGGCAGAGUGGGGAUUGCUGGUAAUUCUUUUUCAAUUUCUAUAAAAAUAAAAUUUAAAAGAAUUUAUGAAAAAUGUAAAGAAUUAAUGAAAUAAAAUAACUUUACUUAUAAGUUUCUUGGCAGGUGGGAUUGGAAUAAUGGAUCCUGGACUGGGCUCUUCUUUUUCUCCAAUUUUACGUUUUCUUCCAUUUCUCUUUUGUAUUGCUGCAGCCAGUAGAGCAGACCCAUUGACAGUAAGGUCUGAUGCACUGGAUGCAGCUAGUGGGGAAGAAGGACGGGAAGAACCAGUUGUUCCUCCAACUUUUUUAGGAGUACUCAUGCCUGUGCCUACUUGAGUUCCAUCUUUUCUAGGAAACUGAAUUUUUCUCGUAUCUAAGAAAUCUUCUGAGACCCAAUCAUCAAGUCGUUUGUUGACUAGAGUUGAAUUAAAAAUUUUGUAAGAUGAUGUAUCGUUAAACAUAGCAUAUACAAAACUUACAGUCGAUGUAAUGGACAUAAAACA